UCUGAAAACAAACUGAUAGUGUUCUUAUCAGAGACAAAGUACGUAAAAGCGACAGCGAAGAAAAAAUAAAAGUGAUACGAGCAUUUAUAUUAGCUUCAGUGAAGUUGUAAUAAAAACAUCGCGCUAAAUUUAUAUGAGUUUUACGGGAAAAAUGCAGCUCGGACUUCUAUUGGCAACGUUCGUCUUAUGCCCCGCCGGAAUUUCGAGCCAAUGGGGCACAACAAUCGCCCCGGAUCCAGGGUGUCCCCCACCAUCAGAAAUCACUCCUUGCGAAUGCCGCUACAAUCAGUGGGACGACGAGCACACUUUCUAUUGCCGCGACGAAAUUUCAGACACCAGACUCCGGGAAAUCUUCUCAACCGCCUCAUUUCCGGUCACAACCAUGGCCGCCUUUGUGGCGGAAUAUUGCACACUUUCUUCACUUCCAGUUGGCGUAUUCGGGUCCAUGAAAUUCGAGUCCAUCACCGUGGAUAUUUGCUCGCUGAGUUCCAUUGAUCCAGACGUUCUUAGGGACCAAGCUGACGUAUUGACCGGACUCGUGUUGAAUUACAACGCCUUGACGGAUUUCCCGUUCGAUGUUCCUUUGCCCAAGUUGGAGGCAUUGCAUUUGAAGGCCAAUAGUUUGACGUCGUUGCCGGGGCUCAACUAUCCAAGUCUGCUCUUUGCAGACUUUGAACUGAAUCAGAUCAGUCAAAUAAGUGAUAACCUCCUUCAAGGAACACCGAACAUGGAAAGACUUUACCUGCAAUCAAAUAGCCUUGGCUCUUUGCCGACGGGACUAACGAAGGGCCUGCCGUACUUGGAAGAAAUUUCGUUGCACCACAAUUCCUUAAGCACGAUUUCACCCGGGACAUUCGAUCUUACUGACAGCACGAGUUCAAGAAUCAGCGUCGACUUGCACUCAAACUAUAUCGCCGAUUUACCAGCAGGAGCGUUUUCCUUCCCAGGAACCAGUUGCCCGAAGGUUUUCUUGGACAUGAACGAGAUUUCAGAACUAUCCGCUGCAGCUUUCGAACCAAUUACUGCUCAAAUGGUGUCGAAUGGUUGUCCGGGAUUAUUCGUAUCAGGAAAUCCAUUGGAUUGUGACUGUUCUUCACUGUCGUGGCUCUUGGAAAACGCGGAUUACAAGAAUGCUUUUGUCGACGGAUACUCUGUUCACUGCAAUAACCUGGCUCUUCCUGAUUGGACCGAUCAGUUGCUCGGCUGCUAAGAAAACAUGACACUGCAAGGAAAUAAAUCCAAUCGCAAAUUCGCCUGUUCGUA